AUGCUCUUCGCUUUCGUAGCAGUGUGCCUCCUCCUGGUGACAGUCGGCGCUGAGGGGACUACAAGUCAAGAAAAUGUACCACAUGUGAGAAAAGUGAACAAUAUACUCAUGGGAUUCAGAAAUGAGGCUCAAAGGAACUUGAUUUCGAACCUUCCUCCACACACGAAGGUUGGAUGCGACAGCUUCUACAAAGGAACCGUCAUGACAGUCGCUUGUCUCUAUGAGAAGCGUUUGGAUUGA